UACGGUCCCUGGGGUCCAGUGGGCCCCAUUUUCCCCAAACACGCGUCUCCAUUUAUUUCGUCCAGAUUCCACCAUCGCAACCACCGCACCGAUCGAGCGAGCGAAAUGGCCGGCGACGCCGCCCCUCUCCUACCGCCAACGCUCCUCUUCCUCUUCCUCUUCGUCGCUGGCUACUCCGCCCUUCACCUUCCAGCUCAAUCCCUCUCGCACCACCGUCUCAGCUCCUCUCGCCUCUCCCUCCGCCCCUCUUUCCACUACAACCAACUCCACCGGGGUUUCCUCCCCAAACGCAACGUUCUCGCCGAAAACGCCACCGAUUCGACCGUUGGGAAGAACCACAGCACCACGUUUUCUUCUUCCACGAACAGCAUCGCCGCCUCCGAGCACCACCGCGACCGGGAUAGCCACGAGAACCGCAUCCGCAACAGUAUCCUGGGCUUCCUCUCCGGCGGGUUUGCCGGCGUCGUCUCAGGCGCGGUCCUAUCGGUGCUGUUUCUCUCCCUGUUGAACUGCAUCCGCGGGCGGUAUCAGAAUCAAAGAAGCCCCUCCAUCUUCAGCCCGCAGAACAUCAAGCGAGCAGAGGACCUGGCGUUCCUGGAGAAGGACGACGGCCUGGCGGCGCUGGAGGUGAUCGGGCGCGGCGGGUGCGGGGAGGUGCUCAAGGCGCAGCUCCCGGCGGACCCGGCCCGGUCGGAGACGCCGGGUAUGGUGAUCGCGAUCAAGCGGAUCAUGAAGCGGACGGCGGAGAGCGUGGAACCGACGUCGGACGAGGAGAGCAGGAUGCGGAACAAGUGGAUGCGACAGAUCCGGUCGGAGAUCCAAACGGUGGGCCACAUCCGGCACCGGAAUCUGUUGCCUCUUCUGGCCCACGUGUCGCGGCCGGAUUCGCAUCUGCUGGUAUACGAGUACAUGAAGAACGGCAGCCUAGAGGCGGCGCUGCUGGGGGUGCGAACAGGGGAGCGGGAGAUGGAUUGGCCGGCGCGGUUCAAGGUGGCGCUGGGGGUGGCGGCGGGACUGGAGUACCUGCACGUGAACCAUCGUCCAGCGAUCAUCCACCGCGACUUGAAGCCGGCGAACAUACUUCUGGACGACAACAUGGAGGCGCGGAUCGCGGACUUCGGUCUGGCGAAGGAGAUGCCGGAGGCGACCUCGCACGUGACGGCGUCGAACGUGGCAGGGACGCUGGGCUACAUCGCUCCGGAGUACGGUCAGACGAUGCGGUUCACGGCGAAGUGCGACGUGUACAGCUUCGGGGUGAUACUGGCGGCGCUGGUGGUGGGGCGGAUGCCGUCGGACAACUUCUUUCAGGAGACGGAGGAGCUGAGCCUGGUGAGGUGGGUGAGGAACGUGGUGGGAAGGGGAAACCCGGCGGCGGCGCUCGACCCGAAGCUGACCGGGAAUGGGUUCGAGGAGCAAAUGCUGUUGGUGCUCAGGAUCGCCGUGUUCUGCACGACGGACGACGCCAAGGAGCGGCCCAGGAUCAAGGAAGUUAGGACCAUGCUCGCCCAGAUCAAACACUAGAUCGAGGACCAGACCGGACGGGACUUGGCGGUUCAACCGAAUUAUGAACACGCGAACCACGACUCGGUUCGAUCAGGUUUCUAAAUGGAGCAUAUGUAAUGAGCAUGAUAAUGAGUCAUCUUACCGAUUAGUAUUCGUUCGGACCAGAUUAGCCGGUUUAAUUGACUAACUUUGGUCCGGUCAAGAGAUAAAGGAGCUUGAUUUAACAACUGUUUUUGAUGAUAUAUCAUUUUAGCACCAUACAUUUGUAGGUGUUCCAAUGAUAUAUAGAUAGAUAGAUAUGGUCCUACAAGUAAUUGAUUA